AUGAUAGAACCUCUUCCUGACGCUGAUGGCAUAGCCAGCGUGAAAAAUUGCACGGUUUGUGUGGACCUGCAGGACGGGCGCGCGCUGGUGACGGACUUUGGAGUUGCGCGAGUCGCUGAACAUCGUUACUUCGAGCAUGAGAUGACACAGGGCCCAGGCACUGAGGUAAGCCUGAAACGCCAUGCUCUUUGCAGUCAAUCUGGUCAAAGCAGGGAGGCUGCUGCGGAGAGUGGUGGACGGGGAGCCAUGCGCUUCAAGCCCCUUGAAAAUGAUGCAUGGGAAGGAUAUAUUGCACCAGAGCAACGCACGGCUGCCUAUGACCGGCCGGCGGAUGUGUGGGCCUUUGGCGUCAUUGCCGCGCGUCUCCUGGGGUUGCAGAACUGGAAGGAGCUUUCGGAUCCCAAGCACAGACUAGCAUUGCACAACUUUCCUAUCAAGGAUUCGUUCCUGGUAAAUCUGGCGCUGGCGUGCCUGGAGACGGAUCCCCGCAUGCGUCCCACCUUUGAACAAAUUGUCAACCGCAGUGUUUCUGAGCUCAUUCGCCUAGAGCUCGAAAGGGCUCUUCGCACGGAGUACCGGAACGUCUUUCCGCUGCAACAGCGGGACCUGUGCUGCUGCCGCUUCCAUGACCAGCAUCAGCAGCAACAACAGCAGCAGCGGCAAGAGGGGGGGGCGGCUUCUGGAUCCUUGGAAGGCGGCAUUAGUUCCCCCGCCCUCCUCCCAGCGCCUCUAUGGCACUACAGGGCGGCCACUGCGGGGGGGGCCCCCGGCGCGUCAGUGCCACCGCUGGCAAUCUCCCUGAGCGCUUGCAGUUCCCCGAGAAAUGUAGCAGCAGGGGUCACCUCUGAAGACUUGACUUUAGAGGUGCCUUUGGUAGACAUUCCAGGAGGCCUGAGCGACCCGCUCGUGACAGCAUCGAGUGCUGCUGUCUUCAGGACAGGGCAGGGGGGCCCCACCCAAAAGGCGGGGGCACCAUCCACAAAGGUGGGAACGGCCCUAAAACCCCCACCAGCAGACAGAGAAAUGCACAGUCCCCUGUUUCAGUAG